UGCUGGUUCCUAUAUAAGGAGGAGGGAUGCAAUUGAUCAGAGUGGCUUGGACUUCGGUGUCCCUCCAGUGGAACCAGGGGCGGAGCACAGAAAUGUUUAGGAUAGGCCACUGCCAGUCUGGGUCCUGGGGCAGCUUCUGGACCAUGCUGACCUUGGUGGGCCUGGCCACUCAUGCAGCCCAGAGAUCCGAUGUGGGCGGGGAGGCAGCGGGCACCUCCAUCAACCACUCCCAGAUGCUGCUCCACCGCCUGCAGGAGCUGCUGCACCAGGGCAACGCCAGCGACGUGGUUCUGCGCGUGCAGGCCGCGGGCACCGACGAGGUCCGCGUCUUCCACGCCCACCGCCUGCUGCUGGGGCUGCACAGCGAGCUGUUCAGGGAGCUGCUGAGCAACCAGAGCGAGGCCGUGCUGCGGGAGCCCCGGGACUGCGCCGCCGUCUUCGACAAGUUCAUCAGGUACCUAUAUUGCGGAGAGCUGACGAUACUGCUUGCUCAGGCCAUUCCACUGCAUAAGCUGGCCACCAAGUACCGGGUGGCCUCCCUACAGCGAGGCGUGGCCGACUACAUGCGCGCACACCUGGCAGGAGGCGCAGGCCCUGCGGUGGGCUGGUACCACUACGCAGUGAGCACGGGGGACGAGGCCCUGCGUGAGAGCUGCCUGCAGUUCCUGGCCUGGAACCUGUCUGCCGUGGUGGGCAGCGCUGAGUGGAGCUCCGUGAGCCCCGAGCUGCUGGCGCAGCUGCUGCAGCGCUCGGACCUGGUGCUGCAGGACGAACUGGAGCUGUUCCACGCGCUGGAGGUGUGGCUGGGCCGCGCGCGGCCGCCCCCCGCGGUGGCAGAGCGGGCGCUGCGCGCCAUCCGAUACCCCAUGAUCCCGCCUGCGCAGCUGUUCCAGCUGCAGGCGCGCUCAGCGGUCCUGGCGCGGCACGGCCUGGCGGUGGCGGACCUCCUGCUGCAGGCCUACCAGUUCCACGCCGCCUCGCCGCUGCACUACGCCAAGUUCUUCGACGUCAACGGUAGCGCCUUCCUGCCCCGCAACUACCUCGCGCCCGCCUGGGGCGCCCCGUGGGUCAUCAAUAACCCGGCCCGCGACGACCGCAGCACCAGCUUCCAGACACAGCUGGGCCCGAGCGGCCACGACGCCGGCCGCCGGAUCACGUGGAACGUGCUCUUUUCCCCGCGCUGGCUGCCCGUCAGCUUGCGGCCGGUCUACGCGGACGCUGCGGGUACCGCGCUGCCCGCGGCGCGCCCAGAGGACGGCCGGCCAAGGCUGGUGGUUACGCCGGCCAGCAGCGGCGGCGACGCUGCGGGAGUGAGCUUCCAAAAGACGGUGCUGGUGGGGGCGCGUCAGCAGGGCCACCUGCUGGUGCGCCACGCCUACAGCUUCCACCAGAGCAGCGAGGAGGCGGGAGACUUCCUGGCGCACGCGGAUCUGCAGCGGCGCAACUCCGAGUACUUGGUGGAGAACGCCCUGCAUCUGCACCUCAUCGUCAAGCCUGUGUACCACACCCUCAUCCGGACCCCCAAGUAGCCCCCGGAUUGGGAAAUAAAAGUCUUGCCUAGAGGGCACCAGGGUCUGGGAGGGACAAGGCCCGUGUAGAGAUGACUGCCAGCCUGGGCCCUGGGUGAUCAGGCACCGGAGACGCUGGGCUGGAUGGAGACCAGGUGAGCAGUGGUAGACCAGAUGUCCGGCUUCAGGAGCCGAUUUCACAUGUAGGCAGCGCUUGGCCCUGAAUAAAUGGAUGCCCAGAGAGGUGAA